GACACAAACGAAAUAAUUCGCUUCGAACUCGACUUUCAGCCGAAGCAAUACACGAACCAAGAGCUGCCCAUCAGUGGACGCAUUGCCAUCCACGACAACACGGAGAUCGGGAACUCCCUGUCCAAUAGCUAUAAUCUGCAGCCCGGCUUCUACUACCAGUUCUACAUUAAACGCCAGUCCACACAAAUGCUGGGAAAGCCGUUCGCAACCAAUUGUUUCGAUUACGUGGCAGAAGAGGGACAGCGUCUAAACCAAACGCAGGAUUUCGCGUCUAUUCCUCUGUCGCAAAAGCAAUGCGCGUCCGGCUGUACGUCUCGGUUCACAAUCAAUCAGUGCUGUUGUUGGCCGCCGGAACUGCCGUACGUCCGCAACAACGGCCUCGACGUCAACCGAUCGCUCACGUGGUGUCAGUGGAGGUUCGCGGAGGCGCAGAACCUGUACGGCAUGUGUUGGGACAAGAAGGCGCGCCUCAAGUGUGCGAUGCAAUGCCAGCCCUCGUGUUGGACCGAUCACUACGAGCUGUCCGUUCAGAAGCUGCAGUUCGAGUACUACGGAAGACCUGGCUGGGAUUCGGAGGACGAGAAACUGAUGAACACUUCGGCCGUCGUGUCGAUCCGCUACUGGACUACAGAACACACGAUACACAAGUACUCGGCGAUGUUCGCCAUCCUAGACAUGGUUUGCUACGUGGGAGGCCUGGUAUCCAUGUAUACCGGCAUCUCUUUGAUCGCGAUUUACGACUUCUUCAUUCUGUCGCUGUUUAUCAUUAAGAAAAAGUAUAUUUGA